GUAGUAUUACUUAGUAGUAUUUAGUAUCAGGUCAGGUAGGUCAGGUAUAAUUAGAUGUUAUUAUUAGACGUGAGCCUUUUCCCAUCGUUCACUCUGUCGUUCACGAACACCACUAGAGAGAUGUGUGGCUUUGUCCGUCGUUUGCGUGGGAAAAUGACGUAUUCUAUUCGUGAAUCAACAACGGCGUUACGGGCAGCACCGGCCCAAUAGAGUUGAAUAGAUUAUACCAUGAGAGACUGGAGGAGGUCAGGUUUCCUCCUACAUAAUAAAUUCAUUUAUGAAUGGGCUGGACAAAUUAAUCUCUAACUAGCUGUAUUAAAAUUGCACACACUUUUGUGGUUUGCAACGGCCACUUAUGUUAAUUGUUCAUUUUUCGCAAAACUGCCAUAUCUGGGCGAUGAGACUCCCCUAUGUUUUAAGAGAAAUACUCUCCCGGAGUGUAAUAAGCGCCUCGACGCGGCAUAAUAUAUACGGAUAAAGCAUUUAUCAUCAUUUUUCAUUGAAAACAUGUCUGUUACAUUUUCAUCUGUCCGUCCGAGGGGGAAAGCAGAGGUCACUCAACAAACCAUUCAGAAGAUGCUGGAUGAAAACCAUCAUCUGAUACAGUGCAUUAUGGACUAUCAGAGCAAAGGAAAAACAGCUGAAUGUACACAGUAUCAGCAGAUAUUGCACAGAAACUUGGUCUACCUAGCAACAAUAGCAGACUCUAAUCAGAAUAUGCAGUCUCUGCUACCAGCGCCUCCCAACCCCAAUAUAAACAUAGGUCCAGGUGGGAUGAGUCAGAGUGGUGGAGGUCAGUCUCUUCACUCUCAAACUAAUAUGAAUGAUAGUAUGGGCACUGGCUUGCCACCCACCUCACUAAUGCAGAGCCAAAUGAACAAUGGCCCCAGCCACGCCCCCAUGCAGCAGCAGCCCACCAUAUCCAUGAGCCUGCCCCCCAGCAGCCAUGGCACGGGGCCUGGGUACAGCCACUCGGUGCCCUCCUCUCAGGGAGCUCCGCUCCAAGGUCAGGUGGCCUAUUCAUCUAUGGCCUCUCGUGCCAACCUCAACAUGCAGUCCAGCCAAGUUUCUGUAAUGCAUCAGCAAGGCACCGGACCCCAUUACUCAUCGACCUCGGCAGGGGGUCAACACUACCAGAGUCAGCAGACUGUUGGGAUGAUGGGACAGGGAAACCAGGGGAGCAGCAUGAUGCCACAGAGACCCAUGGGAAGUUAUCGUGCCCCACAGCAAGGAUCAGCCCCGCAGUUCAUGGGCCAGGAGGAGUUCUACGGAGAGCAGUAUGGACACACUCAGAGCUCCAGCGAGCCUGUUAGCCAACAGUUUUACUCAGAUGGUCAUGGGGAGUAUUCCUAUCAGCAGUCUUCUUAUGGGGAACAGAAUUAUGAGAGAUCCUUUGAUGAGUCCUCACAACACUACUAUGAAGGAAACUCUCAGUACAGCCAACAGCAGACACAGUACCAACAAGGCUCUGGGCAGCACCAGACAUUAAGUCAACAGCAGUACCCAUCACAAGCAGCCUACACCGCUCAGCCUCAGGGAUACGGUCCAGGGCAGGGCAGCUCAUCACAAUAUCCUCAGUAUCAGCAGGGCCAGAGUCAGCAGUACCCAUCAUACCGCUCUAUACAGCCAGGACCAGCUGCUCAAUCUCAGAGACCCUACUCUUUUGAACAGGGUCAGUAUGGAAACUAUCAGCAAUAAGGAGACUGAGGAAGCAUAGAUAUUUUUUUGUGGCAGUUCUUUGUGUACAAUCCUUUGUUAUGCUGAACAACAGGAAGUCAGAGGAUUCCACACCAGCCCUUGCUCACAGGUUUGCUACAGAAUCAAAACCAAACACUAAAUCAUAACCGUAAAUACAAUUUUUGACAGUCUGGAAUUAUUUUUUAAUCCUACUUUUAUCAUACAGGAUAUGUUAUUUUGUAUACCAGCACAACGAUGUCUCCGAUACCUUUGAUUAUUAUUAUUUAUUUUGUUUUUUAACCUUGGAUUUAUUUUAUUGUCUGAAUGGAUGGAUGAAUGGAUAAAUGUUCAGAUAGCACAAAUGAAAAUAUUAAUCUACCACGGAUAUCCAUUUUUAUUUAUUUAUUUAUAUUUUUUUUUAAAAUACUGGAAACAUAGGAAAAUUGCAGAUAAAUAUCCAAAGUUGAAAUUUACUUGCAUAAUAUGUUGUAUAUAGAUUUCUUUAUUGGAAUCCUCAUACAUAUUUAUUUCUAAGUAUUGUACAAUGUUCUUUAACAGUUGCCGGUGUGGAGUUAUUCUCAUCAUGUUUUAUGGGAUAGAGUGUUUAGAAUAUAGACAUUUUCAUGCCUUAUUGUUGCUCUGACACUGUAUACUAUAUCAUAUGAUCAAACGUUAGGGUUAUUUAUAGACUCAAAUUUAAAAAACAUUUUGAUGGGAGUUAAAGCACACCCAAAAAAAUGUGGCAAACUGACAUUAAAAGAUAGUUUUCACUGGCUGUCAAACAGCUUUUAUACCAUAUUGCACAAAUAAUCUGUGACAAUUAAUUUAGUAAAAAUGAUUAUCUGUAAUUUGAAUAUUGAUACCAAGUAUGCAUAUAUGUAGUAUAUACACUGAUAUGAAAACAUCAAGUUAUCACAAUUGUACAGACAUCUGUGAUCAUCAAAUAUGUUACAUCUCCAUCUUUACUGUUCUGUAUUGCUUAUAAUAUAUGGACCAUUUUUUUAAAUUGAUAAAUAUGAAAAAUAAAUCAAGUUUCAUCCCUAUCUUUCAUGUUUGCGCUGGUUUCCUUUUGUUGUGAUUUAUUUAUUUAUUUAUUUUUUUACAAAUAAGCUAAAGUCAAGCUGCGAUACAGGACCAGAUGGAGAUACCAAAACAUCACUAUACCAGCCCCCUCUUGGCUGGACUGCGUAUUCUGAUUUACUAUGCACACCAAAAUACACAUAAUAUAAAGGCAUUCUAACCAUGUUGAAACUCAAUCUGACGGCGAGUCAACACUGUCAGUAAACAGUUUCUCCGUCAGAGUACUCGUGUGUGCUUGAAGCGUCUGAUGCCCACAAAUUGUAGUCUGUUUCUGAUUGUAACUGACAAUGAAUGUUAAUGACAGUGUUAAAAUACAGUGUUAAUACAGUGGUUUCUGAUAUCAGACAAAACUUGAAUUGGCUUUGGAUACACCUGGAAGUGAGCGUUAAGCCUAGUAAGUAUACAAAUUACAUGACGGAAAUUGAAGUCAGUAACGUAAUCUAUUAAAUUACACAUUUUAGGUAAUAGAAUCGGACUAAUUUUUGAUUACUUUUAGAUUGCUUUAGUUUUGACCUAACUUGUUUGUUGUGUUCAAGGUAUCAAUAUGAAGCCAGGCCACAGCAGGUGAACGGGUUACAUCUUUUCUUUAUUACUAUCUCUUAACACACAUGCAACUCUUGCUCAUCAUUAUUCUUUUCCUCACCUCUUUUCUAUUUGUAUUUCCCCUAAUAACAUCUGUUUCCCCCUAGUGGUCUCAGUAAGUAUUGCACUGAAUAACAGGACACCACAUCUCCCCCAUUACGUAAAGCUAUUUCACUUAGUACCGAUUAACUCAAAACAGUUAUUAAUUUCAAUAUGAACCAAUAAGCUUCCACCUUAUUAUGACUACGUUCCUUUACAGUAGUUAAGCAACUGCAGUUAUUAAAUUCUAACUCUCAGGAACAUUUCACUUCUUCAUAAAUUCAACAGAAUAACAGCAUCUUAACAUGACUAUUUUCAAUCUCCAUCUGUGCUAUACAUACAUAUAGUCAGUAAUUCAAACUACCAUAUACCCUUAUUUGCUGUAAAAUAAACAAUAUUUACCGCUGUCGAACAGAACGUCUUUCUUUGCUCUGUUCAGUGUUCGGAACACAUCAGCAGCAGACAGAUCUUGAGGUCGACUUUAGAACCUCUGGAACCAAGGACAAGUGAGAAGAACAAGGACAAGUUCCACAGGCUGUGUGAACUUUGAAUGUCCUUUGGGAACAUGCGUUGGUUUGCGUACACGCACUCUAUUCCCCACCUGAAAUGUAGGCACUCGAGCCCCUUGUUUCGCAUUAGAGUAUUCUAAUGAGUAUACUUCAUUUUGUUUUGAUGAAUUGACACUCGUUGUCUGACUUCCUGGUCCUGUGUGUUACAGGAGUAGUAACACAGUAAGUCUGGUUCUCAUUUUCCUUCCGUACAACAGUUUAAAUGCUGCAUGUGGAGUAGAACGGUAGGUUUGCAAAAAGUCCAAGACUGCUUGUUUCCAUGGCCGCUUCUGUAGAAUGGCCAUUUGCACACAGUCUUUAAGAACCUUAUUGAUCCUUUCCACAGCCCCAUUGGCCGCAGGAUGGUAUACGGACGUUUUGGUGUGCACAAUAUUCCGUUUGUCCAGGAAAGCGGUAAAGAUUGAAGAGGUAAGUUGCGGUCCAUUAUCUGUUACCAGACAUUCAGGGUUUCCAUGUCUGCUGAAAACAGAAUUCGAGAAUCCAAUUAUUACAAAUCUCGUAAUGGAGGGUGUAAAUGCCACUUCAGGCCAUUUUGAGUAAUAGUCUGUCAACGUAAUGGCGUAUCUACAGUCAUAAGCAGCUGUCUCAAAGGGUCCUACUAUAUCUAAGCCAAACUUCAACCAUGGGCCGUCAGGAAGAGGCACCAGCUGUAAUGAAGAAGCAGUAGUCUUUGCCGUCCUGUCUGACUCUUGGCACAACGAACAUGCUGCAAUCUGAGUUUGAACCAUAGCGUCUAUUCCUGGAAACCAAUACAGCUCACGCAAACGCUGUUUGGUCCUUACUAUGCCCUGAUGAUUCUCAUGUGCUAAAGUGACUAUGGUUCUGCGCAAUGUCAUCAAGGGUCGCAACGACAUCAGGGUCAUACAAAGCUAAUGCUGGGCUUGAAACCAGCAAUUGCUUCACAGUGCAAAAGCAGCUCUCCACUUCCUCAUUCCACUGAAAUGGUCCCUCUUGGCGGAAGGACCAUCUAUAAAAUUAUACAUAUAUCUUUAUGACAUGAAAGAGUCGUAAAUAUUUUACGGUUUUUAGCUGUAAAAAUGUAAUAAUGCUACGUUUAAAUGCUGCCAAUACGUCCAUAUUGUACGUUUCAGCACCUAUCCAAAAGUACAAAAAUGUACGUUUUGUGUCUUUGAAAGUUACCUAUUAAUACCUAUGUAUUAACAAUGAGACCAGGCUGAACAGUACUAUAUAAGUUGCAAUCAAACUUGUGCUUCUGUUCUGUAUCGCAUAUGAAAGAGAAAGACAUGAGCUUCCACAAGCACAAUCUCACAAUGCAAAAUCUCCUUAGUGCCCCUGCAGGACAAACUGAAGUACACAGAAUCAGAAUGAGAAUUAUUGCCAAGCUUACACUCACAAUGAAUUUGUCUUAGUGACAGAAGCUACAGUGCACAGACAAAAAUAACAAGAAGACACACAUAAUAAAAAUAAAACAAAGAUAAGUGAAUAAAAUAUAUAAAAAUAAACAAUAGACAACAUACAAAUAUUCUUUAUACAGUUAAGCAUAUAUAAGGAAAUCUGAAUAAAAGGCAGGAUAAGUUAAAUAAAUAUAAGCAUUUAUAAUAAAUAUAUUGCUUUAUUACAACGUCUCAAAACAACAGGUUUAAAUAAAAGGAUUUAAAUAUCAUAUAAAGACACACUGUAAAGUAAUUGUAGGUUUGUUUGUUUGUUUUUUGUUUUAUUUUUUCCUUUCCAUUCUGUGCUCCACACUCCUGUCCAGUUGGUGGCGGUAAUGCACCAUGAGCUCUCUCUUUAUUUAUUUAUUUAUUUAUUUAUUUAUUUUUAUUGAUUGCAAUCUUGUGAACAAUGAACAUAUAAAGGCAAAUACUAGGAGAAACAAAUACAAUGAUAAAAAGAAUGUAAAUGCAAUCAUAAAAAAAAAUGGACAAUGCUCUCAUUUCCUUCUUUGCAGAAAACACAAUUUCAAGUCGAUUUCUCACCUGUUUUACAGGAUAAUCCAGUGAUCAAUCUUGAAUGAACCUCCAUAAUUUUAUCAGAACAACGGGUCUAAAGACACACCUUAACAAAAAUAUGCUUUUCACUCCAAUAGUGUAAAAAUAUACAUUUUUAAUUGAAUAUUGAUGGAGCAACAGAUUUUGUGUGAAAAUAAAUCAUAAAACUGGUUUGUUUUGUUUACAAAUCAUAUAAAUGAGGUGGCGAGGGGGAUCUUUUACCCCACAAACACACGGUGCAAAACCAGCAUGGGGCAAAAGACACACAAAUACUUUAGCUAAAAUAAUAUGAUUUUAUAAUGUCUAAGUUAAAACUUAAAAAUGUAAAAAAUGUAAACUUUAAAAAAUACAGAAACAAAAUUAUUUAAAAAAUUAAAGAUUCUGAAAGCAUUGAAGGAGAUCCCAUAAUAAUUUAAUAUAGAUUUAUAGUUGUAACAAUAAAUGAUGUUUUAUUAUAUUAUAUGAUUAAUAUCAUAUUUUAAAAUAUGAUGGUUACAUUAUAAAUAUGGUGAUUAUCUCUAAGGUGGACGCUGAACUUAAUUUAUGAUAUUUACCAUCUGAAUCUAACCAUGUCAUGUCAUCAAAUGGAAAGUCAGCAGCUGUUUAUUAUCAUGUUAAUUAUUAUGUCUUUCACUCCAACAGCAGGAGUACUUUUACCCCAAAUACCGUACUUUUACAUAUUCUUCUGUUACUGAAAAACUGCUGCUUUAAUUACCUUGAACAAAACUGAAAAUCAUUGACAAGACCUUUGUCUCAAAAUAUAUACAGUAAUUUUAUAGAUUCUCAUUUGCUACUUAAAUCUACAACAUUUUAAAUAAACAUCAAAUACUAGAUCAAAUUACCACAGAAUCAACUUUGUGUUGCUGUCGGCAAUUGCUUCAAGAAUCAGACAAAUUUCAACAUUCAUUGUCAAAAUCGGUUGUUAAGAAAAGUGCUGAGCUGAAUUUUUGUGCCAUCUAGUGGUUUAUAAGAGAAUAAAGUCAAAUGCACCUUUUACCCCGUGCACCUUUAGCCCCACUGUACCCGAUUUUUGAUGCGAAAAGUUUUAUAUAUAUAUAUAUAUAUAUAUAUAUUUUUUUUUUUUUUUUUUUUUUUUUUUUUUA